GUAGCUGAAGACGCGGCUUUAAUGCCUUAACGGUAUUGGAUACAGAUUAUACAAGACGAUUGUGCUUGCACGCUUCUCCGUGAAUCUGGUGGAAGUGCUUCAUCGCUGUAAAGAACAACGUAACCUACAUUGCCUUUGCACUAUAUAGCGUUGAACUGCCCUUCUUCAGUAACUUGCCAGAGCGAAAGCCAUGCAGACCUCAAUGAGCCGGUCUGCUCUUCGCGGAACAUGUCAUAGAAAGCUCAUGGCGCCCAUCGCAUCAGCUCACUUACGUGGUGCCUUCGCACCAUUCAGCCCGUGCUUGAAGGCUCACAGGACGUCUCCCAGCCUGCCGUACGGCUGCCGUACAAUCCAGCAGCAGCAGCACCUUGUUGCGGGGGGCCGCAGCAGGAGCCGGCGGGGGGCCGUGACGGUGCGUGCGGCCAUGUUCGACAACCUCAGUCGCUCCAUGGAGAAGGCGAUGAGGCUGAUUGGCAAGGAUGGCACGCUCACGGCGGAGAACAUGAAGGAGCCGCUCAAGGAGGUCCGCCGCGCGCUGCUGGAGGCUGACGUGUCGCUGCCGGUCGUACGGCGCUUCGUGAAGCGAGUGGAGGAGCGGGCGCUGGGAACCAAGGUGAUCCAGGGCGUCACCCCGGACGUGCAGUUCGUCAAGGUGGUGUCCAGUGAGCUGAUCGAGCUGAUGGGCGGCGGGGUGGGAGCCAAGGAGCUGGAGCCGGGCUUCCCGCAGAUCAUCCUCAUGGCGGGGCUGCAGGGUGUUGGCAAGACCACCGCCGCCGGCAAGCUGGCUCUCCACCUGCAGCGCUCCAAGAAGAGCUGCCUGCUGGUGGCUACCGACGUGUACCGACCCGCAGCCAUCGACCAGCUGGUGAAGCUGGGGGCGGCCAUUGACGUGCCGGUGUUUGAGAUGGGAACGCAGGUGAACCCCGUUGAGAUCGCCAAGCGGGGAGUGGAGGAGGGCCGGCGACUGGGUGUGGAUGCCGUCAUCGUGGACACGGCGGGGCGGCUGCAGGUUGACGAGGACAUGAUGGGCGAGCUGCGCGCCAUCAAGGCCGCCGUGCGCCCCUCCGACACGCUGCUGGUGGUGGACGCAAUGACGGGGCAGGAGGCGGCGGGGCUGGUGCGCGCGUUCAAUGAGGCAGUGGACAUCACAGGUGCCAUCCUGACCAAGAUGGACGGUGACAGUCGGGGCGGGGCGGCGCUGAGCGUGCGGGAGGUGAGCGGCAAGCCCAUCAAGUUCGUGGGAGUGGGGGAGCGCAUGGAGGCGCUGGAGCCCUUCUACCCGGAGCGCAUGGCCUCGCGCAUCCUGGGUAUGGGCGACAUGCUUACGCUGUACGAGAAGGCGGAGGCGUCGAUCAAGGAGGAGGACGCCCAGCGCACCGUGGAGCGGCUGAUGGAAGAGAAGUUCGACUUCAACGACUUCCUGGCGCAGUGGAAGACCAUGAACAACAUGGGCGGCAUGCAGAUGCUCAAAAUGAUGCCGGGAUUCAACAAGAUCACGGAGAAGCAGUUGUACGAGGCGGAGAAGCAGUUCGCGGUGUACGAGUCCAUGAUUAGCGCCAUGGACGAAGAGGAGCGCACCAACCCCGAGGUGCUUAUCAAGAGCAUGUCCCGGCGGCGGCGGGUAGCGCAGGACAGCGGCAACAGCGAGGCGGAGGUGACCAAGCUCAUGGCGGCGUACACGGCGAUGAAGUCCCAAGUGGGAGGCAUGAGCAAGCUGCUGAAGCUGCAGAAGGCGGGAACCGACCCCGCCAAGGCAGCUCAGCUGCUGCAGGAUCUGGUUGCAAGCGCUGGCAAGAAGGUGGCUCCCGGCAAGGUUCUCCGAAAGAAGGAGAAGGCCCCCGUUUCCAAGGCCAAGGGGUUCGGAAAGCCCAAGUAGCCAAGCAGCCAAGUGGCAGCAGUGUAACGUAGCAGUGGCAGCAGCUUAACGGGGGGAAAGGGGUGCAGAGGGAUACAGAUGGAUGCAGUGAGGGGGGUGUACAUGGGGGUGUCAUCGUAGCAGCAUGCAUGGGGCAGAUGGGUAGGAGGCAGGACGGCGGUUGGCUUUCAUGCAGGUGAUUUGUGGGUGGUGGCGGGUUGGUGGGGUGAGGUAGGGCGCGGAAAUGCGAUGUCGGAUUACAGGUGCAGAGGAGACAAGCAGUGUGUGAAGAUGUGUUGUGCGCCAUGCGCUUGUAUGCCAAUGAGUGCUUUACGAGCUGCUACGAGUGUAGAAACUCGAGGAUGCGGGACGACAACAUCGAAUCCGGGUCGAGGUGUGUUGUAUGGCACCCUGAUAUGCGAACUGGGCUGCCUGGGAUGCGGCAGGGAACACGGGUUGCUUGCUGUGGGUCUGGGGGUGUAUAUGACACGGGCACGGAGGCACGUGCCCUCAUUCGCUGCGUGUGCAGUCCGUUCCUUGUCCUGUUUUCCCCUCUCGCUUGCUACCUGACGGGCACAGCAGCAGCUAGGAGCCGGGAGAUGCGGCUCUCGUGCGAGGACUCUCAUACAUAUUCGCAGCAAGGGAGGCACGCGAAAAGGUGUUACACAUGCUCCUGCUCCCCGACCGCGGGACACACGUGGAUGCGCAGUGCCCA